AGCUGAACCGGGUGUAUCUGCUCUGCCCUCAGUAAUUUUAUCAUAUGUAAAGCUAGCUCCCUGUGAUUAGCCACGUCAUGUAAACUUAGCAGUGGAGCAGUUGUGAUAUCAAGUUAGCCAGGGGUCGUAGUUUCUUGUGGGAUACUGGUUUAUUUUCAGAGAGGAGCUCUCGUUUCAUGCUUAUAACUGGGCAAGUAAGCCUAUGGAAAGAUGUCUGAUAUCGGGGACUGGUUCAGAAGCAUCCCUUUCAUCACCCGGUCCUGGUUUGCUGCCUCGAUUGCUGUUCCCUUAAUUGGGAAACUAGGAUUGGUUGAUUUCAGGCAUCUCAUGCUGAUCCCGGAGUUGGUCUACAACAGAUUUCAUCUCUGGAGACCGGUGACAGCCACCCUGUAUUUUCCAAUAACCCCAAAUACUGGGUUUCUGUACCUGGUCAACCUGUAUUUCCUCUACCACUACUCCAGUCGGCUAGAGACAGGGGCAUUUGAUGGCAGACCUGCAGACUAUAUCUUCAUGCUCCUCUUCAACUGGAUCUGCAUUGUUAUAAUUGGGCUGCUGAUGAACAUGCGGCUACUGAUGAUCCCACUGAUCAUGUCAGUGUUGUACGUCUGGGCUCAGUUCAACAAAGACAUGGUUGUGUCCUUCUGGUUCGGAACACGAUUCAAGGCACAUUAUCUACCAUGGGUCAUCCUGGCUUUCAACUUCAUUAUUGGAGGCUCUUUUGUGAAUGAGUUGACAGGGAACCUGGUGGGUCACCUCUACUUCUUCCUCAUGUUUAAAUACCCCAUGGACCUGGGUGGACGCUCCUUCCUCUCCACACCGGAGUUCUUGUAUCGUUAUUUCCCCAACAGGAGGGGAGGGGUGUCGGGCUUUGGAGUCCCUCCCACUAGGAGACCAGCUGCCCAGGAGCAGGUGGGAGGAGGCGGAGGAGGCGGGGGAGGACGUCACAACUGGGGCCAAGGCUUCCGCCUGGGGGGUGAAUGAGAGGAGGCAAGAGGGGAGAUACCUACACCCUCCUCCUCAGCUCCCAAUAACAAAUGGCCACGCAGCUGAUGAUUCAGAUUGAGAUGCUUGCUUCUUCACGUUCUUCGCUGGUCCAGGGAAUGAAAACCUUGAUCUUAAUUAAUUCAACUUCAUGUUUAGUUUUAAAGGAUAUAACAGGAUGAAAUUUGAGGAAGCACACAUUUUAACCAAGAAAGCAGCACAUAGCAGGACUCAGACUUUGGCUAUAGGCUCAGUUCACCAAGUAAAGCCAGCUCUACUAUUAAUACUACUGCGGAUGUGUCCAUGUGAAGCAGAUAGAAGAAAGUAUGAAUAAAUCCAUUUUUUUUUUUAAUAUGUCGAUUAUUGAUCUCCCUUCCUUUUCUUCUUCCAUUCUGCCCUCUUCUUUUCAUCCCCCACUCCACCUUUUCCCCCACACUCUGCCAUUGGACUGUCAAGACAAGAGAUGUUGCAGCUGCACACCAGCAUGCUGUUGAUUUUGACUCGUGUUCCUGUCUUCUCUUUCCCUCUGUGUUGCCAUAUCAGAUUACAUUGUAAUUACCAACACACUGGGAGUGUGCCCUCAGCCAUCCCUUCACAGAACAUGGGUAAAGCAAUUCAGAGAGUACUGUUUCCACGUUUGAAUUUACAUAGGUGUAAAAUGUUUUUAAGCCUCUGUGGCACAGACCUGAUCUUUCUCUGUCAUGUGAUCUUAACCAAAAUGAGGUGAAAAUGGGAUUUUGCUCUUUUUUGUAAAUAUAACAAUUGUUUAUUAAAAGGACAAGUGAGUCUAAGUGUA